GAACGAAAAGUAACCUGCAAACAUCCAGUAACAGGACAGCCAUCGCAGGACAACUGUAUUUUUGUUGUGAAUGAACAGACUGCUGCAGCAAUGACAUCUGAAGAAAAGAAGGAGCGACCUGUAAGCGUGAUAUGUGAAGCAACUAACUAUAAUCUGACAUCAGAUUAUGCUGCUCAUCCAAUGAGCCCUGUGGGCAGAACAUCACGAUCUUCAAAGAAGGUUCAUAAUUUUGGAAAGAGAUCAAACUCAAUAAAGAGAAAUCCUAAUGCACCGGUUGUCAGACGUGGCUGGCUCUACAAACAGGAUAGUACUGGAAUGAAGUUGUGGAAGAAACGGUGGUUUGUGCUCUCAGAUCUGUGUCUCUUCUAUUACAGAGAUGAGAAGGAAGAAGGAAUACUAGGUAGCAUACUUCUACCUAGUUUUCAGAUAUCUGUGCUUUCCCCCGAGGAUCAUAUUAACCGCAAAUAUGCCUUUAAGGCAGCUCAUCCAAACAUGAGGACCUAUUAUUUCUGCACAGAUACAGGGAAGGAAAUGGAGUUGUGGAUGAAAGCCAUGACAGAAGCAGCACUUGUGCAGACAGAGCCUGUGAAAAGAGUGGAGAAGUUAACCACUGAAAAUACACCACCUCGAGAAGCAAAUAAUAUUUCAAACCAUCGGGUGCUAAUUAAGCCAGAGGCACAAAAUAACCAGAAAAACAAAGAAGUAAACAAAAAUGAGGAGAAGAAAGCUUUGGAAGCUGAAAAAUAUGGAUUCCAGAAAGUUGGGCAAGAUAAACCAUUAACAAAAAUUAACAGUGUAAAGCUAAAUCCGUUGGGAUCCGAAUACAGGACUUUGCCUAUAACCAUGAUUCAAGCUGGACACUUCAGACCAGUUCAUUUAAAUGGGUCUGAGAAUAAAGCUGUUGGUGUUGUCCUGGCAGACGCUGGAGAUGGAGGUCAGCACAAUGCGGUUCAGUCACAUAUGGAGUCCGAACGAGUUAUGCAGAGAACCAAUUCAAUGCUGCAGUUGGAACAGUGGAUUAAAGUACAAAGAGGAAAAGGACAAGAAGAGGAAACAAGAGGCGUAAUCUCAUAUCAGACAUUACCAAGAAACAUGCCAAGCCAUCGACCUCAAGUUUUACCCCGGUACCCAGAAGGCUACAGAACACUGCCGAGAAACAGCAAAGCACGGCCGGAGAGCCUCUGCAGCGUAACGCCGUCGGCUUACGACAGAGCCAUAGGACCAGUAACAGCCGAAGAAAAACGCAGGUCAAUGCGGGAUGACACAAUGUGGCAGCUCUAUGAAUGGCAGCAACGUCAGUUUUACAAUAAGCAAACAACUCUUAAUAGGCACAGUACUUUAAGUAGCCCAAAAACUAUGAUUAAUAUUUCUGAUCAGACGAUGCAUUCUAUUCCCACCUCACCUUCUCAUGGUUCAAUCGCUGGUUUCCAAGGAUAUUCCCCACAGCGGACCUACAGAUCAGAAGUAUCUUCACCAGUGCAAAGGGGAGAUAUAACUAUUGAUCGCAGACACAGGACACAUCAUACUAAGCAUGUCUUUGUGCCUGACAGAAGGUCAAUGCCAGCAGGUCUGAGUUUACAGCCUGUUACUCCUCAGAGCCUCCAAGGCAAAACACCAGAGGAGCUCACGCUGCUGCUAAUAAAGCUGAGACGGCAGCAAGCUGAACUGAGUAGUAUCCGGGAACACACACUAGCACAGCUCAUGCAACUAAAACUUGAGGCCAGCAGCCCAAAGAGUGAGAUUCUUUCACAUCACCUUCAAAGGAAUGCCAUAUAUUUGGAUCAUCAGAUGAAAGAGAAUGAACCUUUAAUCACCAUGGUUCACACUAUGAUUGAGAACUCGGCGCUAAGACCGCAACUGUACCAGCAAUUAACACAAGAAGAAUGUAGGGGUACACUAUACAAAUAUAGAACUGAAGAGCUGGAUAUUGAUGCUAAGCUUAGCCGUUUAUGUGAACAAGAUAAAGUUGUACAAGCACUGGAGGAGAAGCUUCAACAGCUACACAAGGAGAAAUACACGCUUGAGCAAGCUUUGCUGUCAGCAAGUCAGGAGAUAGAAAUGAACGCAGAUAAUCCCGCAGCCAUACAAAAUGUAGUCUUACAGAGAGAUGACUUGCAGAACGGACUGCUUGGCACUUGUCGAGAAGUAUCGCGAGCUACUGCAGAACUGGAAAGAGCUUGGAGAGAAUAUGAUAAAUUGGAGUAUGAUGUAACUGUGACAAGGAACCAUAUGCAGGAGCAGCUCGAUCGGCUUGGAGAAAUUCAGACUGAGUCAGCAGGGAUACAACGUGCUCAGAUUCAGAAGGAACUGUGGAGAAUUCAAGAUGUCAUGGAGGGUUUAAGUAAACACAAACAGCAAAGAAACUCUUCAGAGACAGGCAUCAUGGGAUCAAGGACAUUUUCAGCUAUUAAAUAUAAAAAUGAGGAAGAGGAAGUAGUCCCACCUCGUCCUCCACUCCCUCGGUCCUAUGACUUUACAGAGCAUCCUCCCAUAAUCCCCCCUCUGCCCAGUGAUAGCAGCUCCUUGCUCUGUUAUAGCAGGGGCCCAGUACAUCUGCCAGAAGAGAAGAAGAUUCACCAAGUUCAAGGAUAUCAGAGAAAUGGAUCUUACUGUGGUCCUGAUUAUAGGCUUUAUAAGAGUGAGCCAGAGUUAACUACAGUAGCAGAAGUGGAUGAGUCUAAUGGUGAAGAAAAAACAGAACAAAUUUCAGAAUCAGAAUCUGCAGCUAAAGGCUCACACUUUCCUGUGGGAGUUGUACCACCUAGAACCAAAUCACCAACGCCAGAGUCUUCGACAAUAGCAUCCUAUGUCACUUUGAGGAAGAAUAAGAAGAUAGAGCUAAGAACGGAAAGACCAAGAAGCGCAGUGGAGCAGCUGUGUCUUGCAGAAAGCACACGGCCUCGAAUGACUGUGGAGGAACAGAUGGAAAGAAUAAAGAGACACCAACAAGCUUGCCUGAGAGAGAAGAGAAAAGGACUCAACAUCAUUGGUGUUUUGGACCAGUCUCCUUCACAGAGUUUGUCAUUUGUCAGAGAUAAUCCAGUCAAAUUGGCACAGAAUCGAAAAAAGGAUGAUAUUGUAUCUAGUAAUAUGAGAGAAUUAGAGAGCACCAGUAAAGAAAAUAAUUUUAAACAAAAUAAUGAAAGUCCUGGAGAAGAAAUAGUGCAACUAAGGCAUGAUGGAGAGCAAGAACAUAAUUCAAGUUUUACUAAAGAGCUGACAAAAACUGAUGAUCUUUUAUCAGAUGCACAUGUUGCAUCUGACUCAAAAGAAGUGAAUAAUGAAGAGAAAGCAGAAAAGGAAAAGAAAAAUAAAUUGGAAGAAACACGUGAUGGUGAUACAAGCUUGCAGAGUGUGACCACAGUUACAAACCACAAACCCAAAACCAGCUCAGAAGAAAGUGAAGUAGUUAGUGUUCAAGAACAAGGAGGGAUUAUUUCUUCAUUUGAAUUAGCAGCACAGUCUUCAAAAGGAACUCAGGCAACAGAAGUGAAAAGUUUGCCUUCUUCACCAGAAUCGUCAUUGUCACCAGCCCCAUCUACCCAGACGCAGCUCACAGAAGGAUCACAUUUCAUCACUAACGGCUUCUGUUGAAAAAAUUCAUGCCUGAGAUGUAUGGACCUGAGCUAUGAAAAUAUGAGAAGAUAUUGUACAGUAUAUUUUAAAUCUAUGAAAUUCAUAGUUCUGAUGCUUUUGGCCACAGAGCAUCAUUUUAUCACUUCCUGGAAAAUGUUUAUUCCAAGAGAGCUUUAAAUGGCCCACAUGUACACUCAACAACUUUCAGAUUGUUCUCCUGAUACCAGCUUGCUGCUAUGAUUUCUGUGCACAUAAAAUAAAGGCUCUUUUUAAUGUGCAGCCUA